AAAUAUAUAAAAAGAAAUUAAAAUAACAACAAAUCAUAAUUAAAAAGUUUUAAUUUAAGCAAUUUUAAGCAAAACCCCAAAAUAAUUAAUUAAAAAUACAAAUUUCAUUUAAUAGAAAACAAAAUGUGUUUUUAAAUAAAUAUUGUUCUUUAAGUGUUUUUAGAUAAUGUGUUAUGUGUUUGAUAAGUGUUACAUAUACAGUAUUUAUGUUUAAGGUUAUUUUAAGUAAUUAACAGUUUUUCCCAAAAUAAACGGCAACAAAUAGAGAGUGAUGUAUUCGAUGAAAUUGAUUUAUCAGACUUAUGUACAGCUGAGUGUAGUAUUAAAAACGUAAAUCAUAGUUUUCAGGUUAUAACUCCCACUCGUUCAUUAGUACUGUGUGCCGAAACUCGACGCGAAAUGGAAGACUGGUUAGGAUCACUGAAAUCAGCCUCAAUACCACCGAGGUCACGAGGUGAUAGUUUCUUUAUCGAACAACAUGAUAUAUUUGCAAAUCAUCAUCAUUGGUAUGCUACCUCACAUGCCCGACCCACAUACUGUAAUGUUUGCCGAGAUGCACUCUCCGGGGUAACUUCACAUGGACUCUCGUGUGAGGUGUGUAAGUGUAAGGUACACAAACGUUGUGCUGCCAAAGCAAUAGCCAAUUGCAAAUGGACCACCCUGGCGACGGUGGGUAAGGAUAUUAUAGAAGAUAGAGAGGGUAGUAUAGUAAUGCCACAUCAAUGGAUGGAGGGUAAUUUACCGGUAUCGGCCACCUGUGCAGUGUGUAAGAAGACUUGUGGUUCCGUAUUGCGUUUGCAGGACUGGCGUUGUUUGUGGUGUCGCACCACGGUGCAUGUGGCUUGUCGUCCUAAUAUGGCUAUAUCUUGUCCCAUGGGUCCAGCCAAGCUAUCGGUGGUGCCCCCCACCUGUGUGCAUUCCAUAGGCAAUGAUGAUUCUUGGGAUGUGGUCAGUCCAAAGGGGAACUUUUCACCAUUACUGGUGUUUGUGAAUUCCAAGUCGGGAGACAAUCAGGGUGUUAAAUUCUUAAGACGCUUUAAACAACUUUUGAAUCCAGCACAAGUAUUUGAUUUGAUUUCAACUGGCCCCGGUUUGGGCUUAAGACUGUUUCGUCAUUUCGAAAUGUUUCGCAUAUUAGUAUGUUCCGGAGAUGGUUCGGUGGGUUGGGUAUUAAGUGAAAUCGAUCGCUUUAGCAUGCAUAAACAAUGUCAAGUAGCCGUCUUGCCUUUGGGUACCGGCAAUGACUUGGCCCGUGUCUUGGGUUGGGGUUCAUCUUGCGAUGAUGAUGCCCAUUUACCGCAAAUAUUGGAACGCUAUGAAACCGCCAGCACUAAAAUGUUAGAUCGUUGGAGUAUUAUGGUUUUUGAGAAAGCCAUUUCCAUGCAACCAAAAGUACCCAAGAUGUCUUUGUCCUCUGAACAGGAAGCUCUUUUAACCGGCAUGGUUACAGCAGCCAAUGAAAACUUACGCUCCAUUGUGGAAACCGAUGAUUUACCCACAUUAAUGUCGGCUACAAAAACGCUUUGCGAAACCAUAGACGAUUUGUUGGAACGCAUGUGUGAACAUCGUAAAGAAGAUGAUCAAUUGACAGUCAAGUGUGACAUUUUAAGGCAAAAACUUAAUAUGUUGUUGGAUGCCCUAAAAGAGGAAGAGAAUGGCUCACAUAAUGGUGAUGAUUUGUUUGCCACCAUUAGCAGCAUAAUAGCAAAAUCAGCACCCAGUUCACCAGUACCAUCGGCCUCAUCCACAUCUUUAUUAAAUCCAAACAUAUCAAUUGAAAAAAACGAAAAGGAUCAACUAAAUCUUCAAGAGCGACGCAACAGCCGCUCUCUUCGGGGCAACGAACGGGAGGCCUUACAAAGUCGUGCUAAUAGUGUUAAGCGUGCCAUGUAUAAUGUUGUUGAACACUCUGAGCCUGGCCGUCCGAAACGCUAUCAGCGCCGUCUGUCCGUUACCCCCUUUGAAGCCUUGAAGAUACCCACUACCACAUCCAGUGAUUCUACACCCUGCACCUCACCAUUACCCAUAAUACCACCCAUUAACAUUAUAUCACCCACCAUGGAAACCUCACGUCUAACAUGCAUAUCACCCUUACCGGAUACACGACGUGAAUCCAUGGAUGAGCAAUUCUUUAAUACCAUCAGUUUACCAGUGCCCAGACAAUUUGCCGAUAGUCGCCGCAGUUCGGGCGUACCGGAAGUCAUACAGGAACAGGAGGAAAAUGCCAAUGGGGAGACCACUUACAAAAUACAUCGCAUGUCUUUGAGUGGUGGGGCCAAUAUUGACGAUGCUGGUAAUCGUUUAUCGCCUGGCAGCGAAGGUGCCACCACUCCAACCGAAAGAAAUUUCCUAAAAGUACCCAUUAUAACCAGUGAACAUAUGGUUGAUCCUCUGUCCGAUUAUCGGCCCAUCGAAGUAUUCGAACGCAACUACUACAUGAGUCGUGAGCUGAAUAAGCAAAAAGAAACAUUGGAUGAGGAAGAUAAAGUUCUUGAUGCGGGACAAUUGAUACACACUUGUCAGCUACAGGUACCCAGCGUAAAUAAUAAUACAAACCCUAAAGAUCCUAAUAAUGUGUAUACAAGUGAAAAUAUAACCAUAAUCGAUACAGAUGGGAACACUGAUGAAUGCUCUUGCUCUGAGGAAUUACCGAUAGAUGGCAGUGAUGUCUUGUCAGCCAUUAGUAAUGAGGAAAUCAGUGUAGGUUCAGAAAUAUUUGACAAACAGGAACCAUCGGUGCCCGCUUUGCAAUUAGGAGAUUUUUUGCAGAAUUUGGAUUCAGCCGACUUUUGUCACAUCGAUUCUCCGGAGACAAGUGAUGAAACGGAAAAUAUGCCAGGUGAAAGUAUUAUGGAUGACAUAAGUUCCGUUUUGGGUCACGAUAUAACUAGUGCUUUGCAAGACAAUACCAUAACCGAAGAUUCUACCACACUUUGUUCUGAACAUGUUGCCAAUCCAGCUAAACCACCACCCAAACCAGCCAGAGCUAAAAAACCUUUAAGUACAGCACCACGUAGACGUAAUUCAUCUCCCCCACGUGGACCACGUCUCGUGCAUAUGGACAGCGAUGACAAUCCCCAACAAUUUGGUUUUGAAAACAUUGUAUUCGAAAUAGACAAUCGUUGCGAUGACCAGAAGAUACGUGAACCGCCACGCUUUUGUUCCUUGGCACAAUUUGUGGAAGGUAACGAUAUAGCAAGACAAAGUUUUAAGCGUACCAAAAAACGCACUUCCCUUAAACAAACUAAACAAACAACUUCGAAACUUGUAUCUCAACAGCAGCUAUCAUUAGAUGGAGCAAUGACCACAACAACGACCACGGCGACCACCAUUACGACCAGCGGCCAUCAAUCGGAGGAUGAUCUGUCAACAGCCACAGCCAUAAGGAUUGAAGUUAGUGAAACCACCAAUACAUCCUGUUUGAAGACCUCUAACUCAGCGGCCAGCAACAGCAACAACAAUCACACAUCACCGAAGAAGCUAGGACCAGGACAAGAUGUAAAGCGCAUUACUUUUGAUGACUCGUGUAAAAAAGAAUCAUUUGAUGAUGUAACUCCCCAUCAUCCACAGAUAAGUGUUGUCGUUAGACCACCCACCCCCCUGAGAGGAGAUGCUAUACGGCCUUUAGAUCCCGAUGCCUGUAAUAGUCUGCUGACGGUGCGUGUACCAACGGAGAUACGGCGACAUUCCAGUCAUGCUGCCAGCUUAACAGUGCGUGAGUUCGACAAGGAAAAGGAUCGUCGUCAUUCCGGUUUCAAUCCAAACUAUUUAAGUUUAGAUCCGGAACAUACACGUUUCCUAAGCUCCUCUCCAGCCGCUAGUCGUCGCAUUAGCUGUGGCAGUUUGUUUAAGCAAACGCAAUUGCCCAAUGAAGCAUUGCCUAAUUUGCAAAAUCUUAAAGGCUCCAAGACCAGUUUGUUUAUGGGUUCAACUUUAUUUGGUUUUGAUCAUUUUGCUGCUGCUGCUGCCGCCGGCUCUACUCCCGAAAAAGAGGACAAGGAUAAAAAGGAGAAGGAAAAAACUCCCACUGAAGAGAAUCGUAAAUUGCCGAUCAUAAAUCCCAUAGUGAAGUUACCCAAUUGGCCAAAUCUUACAGGAGGUUCUGGUUUUAUUUCGAAAUGCUUAAUGGCCAAUGCCGAUACUUUGUGUGCAGCUGUUAGUCCUCUUAUGGAUCCUGAUGAAACCUUAUUGGCUGGCUAUCAUGAAAAAUGUGUUAUGAAUAAUUAUUUUGGUAUUGGUAUCGAUGCCAAGAUAUCCUUAGAUUUCCAUAAUAAACGUGAGGAGCAUCCCGAAAAGUGCCGUUCCAGAGCCAAGAACUAUAUGUGGUAUGGCGUUUUGGGUUCAAAGCAAUUGCUGCAGAAGACCUGUAAGAAUUUGGAGCAACGUGUUCAGCUGGAAUGUGAUGGCCAGAGAAUUCCCUUGCCUUCAUUGCAGGGUAUUGUUAUUUUAAAUAUACCCAGCUUCAUGGGUGGCACUAAUUUCUGGGGCAAUUCCAAAAAGGAUGACAUUUUCCUGUCACCCAGUUUUGAUGAUCGCAUUUUAGAAGUGGUGGCUGUUUUUGGUUCUGUACAAAUGGCCGCCUCCAGACUUAUAAAUCUACAACAUCAUCGCAUUGCUCAAUGUCAAAGUGUACAAAUCAAUAUUCUAGGAGACGAAGAAAUACCCAUACAGGUAGAUGGUGAAGCCUGGCUACAGCCACCCGGUAUGAUACGUAUACUCCACAAGAAUCGUGUACAAAUGUUAUGUCGUAAUCGCUCUCUGGAGGCCUCACUCAAAACCUGGCAAGAGAAACAACGUCAACACAGCAUAUCAAUACAACGAGAUCAUUCUUCGACCGCUUCGGAGCAUGCCAACUCCACGGAUGAAGUUAUUUCGGAACGUGAAUGUUAUGUUUUACUUAAUUUCAUAGAGGCCGUUAGUUCUCUAGUAAAAUGGGUGAAAUUCUUGAUAAUAUCACAUCCCACCUUGAGAUAUGAUCUCUAUGCGGUAGCAUGUCGUGCUCAGGAUGCUUUGGAGAGUAUACAUCCUCAGGGUAAACUAUUGGAGGGUCCUUCUUUGAGAACCAAACUAGUAGAGGUUAUAGAUUCUUCAAGGCAACUAUACGAUGAUGCUUGCACUUUAUUAAGAGAUCGUGGUCAUAGUUUGAUAUUGAGAGAAGAUUUGGAAAGUAAAUUAAGUGCGGCCUUGGCUAACAUGGAAAUGGAGUUGAAGAAGUGUUCGGUGCAGAAGUGUGUAGAUGGCAAAUUAAGAGCCUAUUUCAAUGUUUUGGCUCCCAACGAAGAGGGUGAUGGACGCCGCAAAUCACGCGCUUUUUGGACCCGCCUACGUUCCGGCUCCACUGCUGGUCAACAACAAUUCAAACCUCCUCUCACCAAUACCCGUGAAGCGGUCAGCAAUUGGAGUGUUAAUGAAGUCAUUACCUGGCUGGAAACCAUGCAACUUUCCGAAUAUGUUGAUAGUUUCUUACGCAACGAUAUACGUGGCAAAGAGUUGCUUACUCUCGGUCGUCGUGAUCUUAAAGAUUUGGGUGUCAUUAAAGUGGGUCAUGUCAAACGUAUCUUACAGGCCAUCAAGGACAUGAAUGAAAAUUAAGCUAAACUCCGGUAAAGUAUGAAAAAAAAAAAAUCGAAAAACUGCUUAAAACAAUCAUAUUAAAAGAAAACACAAAAUAUUUUUGACAAAAACAAAAUUUAAAUGUUAAAUUAGCUAAGCUACCAAACAAAUAUUUUUUUGAAAAUAAAUUAAAUUUAAAAUAAAAUAUCUUUAAGAUAGUGGCAGGAUAUAAACAGACAACACAAAGACUUAACACAAGCUGGCUAUGCAAAGGAAAAAAAAAAUUAUUUAUGUACCAGAAAUGUUAUGAGAAGUAAAUUUAAGCUAUAAUCACAUUGUUCAAAUAUUUGAGGAAUUAAGCGUAUUUAUUAAAUUCCAAAUUUUGGAAAAUAUUUUCUUUCGUUUUAUAAAAUUAAACAAAAUUUUCUUGAUAAGAGGUAAAACUUAAGUUUACUUUGUGAACUAUUUGAACAAUGUGAUGCAUAUGAUCGUUUAAGUAAGAGUUGCAUUUAUGUUUCGUAUGAAAUUUAGUAUAUUUUAGAUAUAUUUUUAAUUAUGAAACCAAAUUGGCAGCUAAAAGGACCUUUGUAUUAAUGAUCUCGAUUAAAGAUUAUUUCAUUCGCCAGAUUUAUAAGAUUUAUAAUAAUAUCAUGCUCAUAGAAAUAUUAUUUUCAAAUUGAUCAAAGAAACUUGGCAAUGAUUUCCAAUUAACUACUCAAAGUUUACUCUUCAAUGACUACUUCAUAUCAUCUUUAUUACUUUCAAGUAGCCUAGUAAUGACUGACAUACAAUCUGAUAAGUAUGUAAGUACUUAUGUUCAGCUUUCGCAUGUACAAAUAAUUAGUUGACGCACAGUGGACUAACAAACUAGUCGUGUCUCUCCUAUAAUAACACAGGCCAAUGAAAUUAAAGUUUGUAAGAACUUUUGAAACCAAUUCGACUAUUUUUAAUGUAUUUUUAACUGCUUAAAUCGAAUCUGAUAUCUGUGUUUUUCUAUCAUUCACCAUUUUCUCGCAAAAUAGCAUCAAAUAUUUUGUUCAUAUAUUACGGACAUUUUAUAUAAUUAUAAAAAUAUAUUUACGUUUAAGGGUUAAUAAAAAAUACACCUAGACCACCAUCGAGCCUGUUGUACGCUCUUUUUCAUUAAACAAAAAAAUCACUAAAUGUAUUAUUUUUCGACGUCCAAAAACUCAGUUUCCUGGACGUAAUUCCUAAGAAUCUUCCAAUCAGUGUUAGACAGGAAUGUUAUUUCCGGA